GCAGUUAGUCCCAUUCCGAGGCAAGGCCCCUUUUCGGGUUUACAUGAAGAGUAAGCCGGACAAGUACGGUUUAAAAAUUUGGGCAUUGGCUGAUUGUAGUUCAGCAUAUACAGUGAAUAUGCAACCUUAUUUAGGCAAAGUAGGAAACAAACCGGAGAAAGGCCAAGGACAAAGGGUAGUGUUGGAUCUGGUAAACCAUUUAUCUUUAGGAUAUGGAAUAACUACUGAUAACUUUUUCACCAGUAUUGAGUUAGCUAAUAUGCUUUUAGAUAAAAACCUUACCUUGUGUGGUACACUGCGUAAAAAUGAAACUUGUAUUCCAAAAGAACUACUUCCAGCAAGAUAUAAGAAGUACUUUUCAAGCAUGUUUGUUUUUAUGGAAAAUAAAACCUUAGUUUCCUAUCGUACCAAAAAAAAAUGCGGCAGUUAUUCUUUUAUCGACUGAACAUAACGAUGACAAAAUAAGUGGAGAAGAAACUAAUUACAAACCAGACAUUAUCUUACAAUACAAUAAAACAAAGGGUGCAAUGGACACAACAGAUAAAUUAGCGAAGGAAUUCACGACUCAAAGAAAAAGUAAUCGGUGGCCAAUGGCAAUAUUUUUUCAUCUGCUGGACAUUGGUGGCAUCAAUGCCUAUAAACUUUGGAUGUUGAAAAAUCCAGAUUGGAAAAAAAAUCGCUUGGAUAGGAGAAGAAUGUUUUUGUUGGAGUUGGGCCAAGAAUUAAUUAGGAAAAACAUAAUUCGUAGAUACCAAAAUGACAAGUCGUUACAUUCCAAUAUGAAACAAUCCAUCAUAACCAUUUUGCCAGAAUUAAACGUAAGGAACGAACAACCUGUUCCCGUUAUUGGCAGAAAGCAGCGAUGUUUCUUAUGCGAGAGAAGUAAAGACAGGAAAUCUCGAAAGUUUUGUAUUCGGUGCAAUCAGUUCGUAUGUGCAGAACAUUCAAAAAAUAUAACAGUUUGUAACAGGUGUGAUAAUUAAAUCAUUAUUUAAAUUGUCACUAAAGUGCUUGUUCUUUUUUCAUAAUUAUUUUUGUUUUUAUUAUUCCUAAUCAUUUCAUAUUAUUUUUUCAAAAUGUGUUUACUCAU